AAUCAAUUAAUGUAUAACAGUAAAUCACGACUAAAAACGAUACUUGGUAUCCGGCAGAAGUUGAUUCGAAUUAAUUUGAUAAUUAAUUAAUCGUGGCAAUGUUUCUCUAUCGCAAAGAUUAUGUCACGCAAGAUCAAAGAUUAACGGAGUUACCUCGCCGACGUCAUUUAGAAUUGCGACGUCACGUGCGAUGAUCGCAUAAAAGUCCGCGUUACGUCGUCGCGUAGGUUGCACAUAAGGGGAACAGGCGGUGAUUUACAAGAUAAAAAAAAACCGCGCCUCUUUGAUGCAUCUUCGAGUCGUCAUCGGUUAUGAAACCGAUUAUACUACGAUUAUACGACUUUCCUGCGAAAAUAAAACUGACGUUUCCAAUUCUUUCGAUCCUCAGAUCGAUCCUCGAUCUCUUUUCCAAAAAUUCAUCGCGACAAAAUUUUAAAACAUUUUUGAGAACGUGAGAUGUGUUAUGGAUGACGUAAUCUGUAUGAAUAAUCUUUCACAAAAUGACAAUGGAAGACAAAGGAUAUUGUGUCUUAUCAUCAACGCGAGAGUAACGCCAGAUAAUUUCAAUGAGAGAUAAAAGAAAAAUUAUAAUAAUUAAAAAUUAUAAUAAUAAUAAUUAAAAACUAUCAAGGUCUGUAAAAUUUUGCAAUGUGUUGAAUGUUAUUUUCAUUCUUCUUAAAAGUCGAAGACAGUUUCGCGUUUACAUCGAUCGAGACUAUGUCGAUUGAGAGUUGCGAUACGCUCGUGGCAAUUAUACAUUAGCUUCUCCGAAGCACUUGGGAAAACGUCUGUUACACUCGCGUUUACUCGCAUUGCAGGAAUUCUUUGCGCGCGUAAAUAAGCCGACGUGUUUAAACAGCUGUCACGGAAAAAAUUAUUGUUGCUCCAAGAUCCAAAUAUCGAUAACGAUAGUUCCGCGAAGCGCGAAGUGGUCACUAUUUCGUCCUGAUUUCUCUGUUCUCGAAAAUGAUUUUAAUUUUGAAAUCUAAAAUACUUCGAUGUAAAUUAUCAAUAUUUUAAUUUUAAAUGUCGCACUUUAUAGCGUUUCUCAAACAAUUUCUAUUCUCAUUUGCAAGCUCGAAGAAUCUGUUGUCAUUUUUGUUGUACUACUCCUCUCGAAUUCAUCAUGCAGAUUAUGUAUUGAUUUAUGUUCGAUUGAAACACGGAACUCUCGCUUCGUGUGAUAAUAUUUUUAUCGAUGGCUACGCGUGAUCUUUUUCAGUGCACUGAUAAAAUGCCAGCGACAUCAUCCCGAGAGAUUAAAUGAACGGGUUCUUGGCCUUGAAUCUCGUGCGACAAAAAUUCCGAGUAGUUACGGGAGAUCGAAUCGAGUUGGAUCGAUAACGCGAUCUAUGGGACGCCUUAUCGUCACUCGCUCCACCACGUCAAUAAAUUACAGCGUGCUGGCAUAUCGUGAGAUUAUUCUGUGUUGAUCUUGCGUGUCGUGGGAAACGAGUUAGCGUUAUUUCUUGCGUCAACGCAGCCUGAUAUUUGCGAUACAGAAACGUAGCGAUGAGAUAAAUUGUCAGUUGAUUAAUUAAAGAUAAAAUUAAAGAUUCUAUUCUUGAAAUUAAAAAUAGAAUUUAAAUUCAAUUUGGUGUCAAUUCUGCAAAAUUUCAAGAUAGAUCUGUAAUCUUAUUCUAUUUUAUUUUAUCUUUCUUUGUUUUGUUUUGUUUAUUUCAUUUAUAUUUUUUAUAAUAGUUUGAUGAUUAUAAUCUGAUGAAGGAGUUGGCCGCGCGAUUCAAUGGACUUUGAGUCGAGCGUGAGCCGUACUCUCAUAACUGUCUGAGUCUCUACAUAAACAAAUUCAUUCAGAUACGAGAACGUGAACAUCAACGAAUCGUGAACGAAUUGUGAUCGCUUGUGAGGAGUGUGCGAGCUCGUCGUUCUCGAGUUUUCCUCAGCUGUUCGAAUCUCCUUGAAAGCACUGUCGAUCGUUUCAUGAAUGAGUGUCGACCGAGGACUGAACAUGCUGCACAAGCAUGCAAGCAAGUCGCAGCAUAACACCAUGUAUAGACACAGAGGCGCCUUCCUCAAGUCUAUGUCGGAGUUCCCAGUGGAGGGAGGUGAGAACGGAGACAUGCAGACCGUCAUGGAAAACUUUCAGAAGAAGAACAACCUGGUGACCGGUAGGACACAUCAUGUCUCUCAUCAUCCGCAGGUCACCACGUCGUCGCAGAUGCUGACGACGAACCAGAGCCAGCACCAGAGUAGCAGCAGCACUAGCACCAGCACCAGCAGCACGAGCAGCAGGGUGGCCAAGUCCUCGCAGAGGAUCCUCACCUCGUCCUCAUCGAGUGAGAUGAAGGCGAGCUCCAUGAAGAGUGACCUGACAGAACUCAAACGCGGUAUCUCGGAGAUGAAGAACAUCUCGACAAACUUCUCGCAACGGCUGCGGAGUAGCAUGGAGAACCUUGUCGACAGAGACGGCAAUGGACCGGAAGAAGCAGACCUUACGGAGCCACUGGUGACCUUUCCAGAUCCGGAUACGCCGCCACCUGUCAGUGACGCUGUCACGCUGGCAGGUUCUCCGUCCCAAUUGAGUUCUUUGAACUCGUUGAAUAAUCUUCAUCAUGGCAUGAGCCCGCCGAUAAACAUACCGAACAUACCGAAUUUACCUGCCGGUCAAGAAACCAUGAAGUUCGAGCAAAAGAAGAUGACUAGCGCUUCCAAGACGAAGGUCGUCACGGAUGGAUUUAGUGCUGAGAAGGCGACGGCGAACAGCGCCGAGAUGAGGGCCCUGCAAGCUGGCGACGUGUCGUACAAAGAGCAGAGCGCCGCGACGGCGGCGAGGGCGCGUGUCGAGCUCGACGGCGUCUCGGCAGAAAAGAGCGUCGCUGCAGCGAGGGAGCAGAGAAGUUUAAAAGCUGGCGAUCUCUCGCAUCAGGAAAGUAAUAAUAUGGCAGCGUCUACCAUGAAACUUCAGAGCGACUCAUUCACCUCCGAAAAGAAAGCGAUGGCGGCGCAGCAGCAACGGCAGACAGUCACGUCAACCGGCAUUUUCAACCACGAGAAGCACAUGGCAUCAAGUUCGCAGUCGAGCAUUACGAUCGCCUCGAAAUCGGGUGUGAGCUCGUCGAAAUCAAUGAUCAGCGCGGCGAGUGCGGUGAACCAGCUGAUGAACGGCAUGCGACCGCCAACUGCUGAGGACGAGCUUCUGUCAUUGCCGUUGGACGACCUGGAUUUACUCUGCUCCAAGUCGAAUCCGCAGGAUGUGGACUGUGCGAUCAACAAGUAUUGCGGUCUCCUGGACAGCUUUGUGGAGCGACUGAAGGCAAGCGCCGAACAGAGCGGCAGCAAGAGCAAUUGCAAAGCACCUCAGCUACUCAACCGGGUGAACGAAAUCAUCCGGAAAGCGUGGGCCGUGCCGACACACGGCCACGAGCUUGGCUACACCCUGUGCAACACCCUGAGGAACCGCGGCGGCCUCGACCUUCUCAUGUUAAACUGCGUGGCGAACGACGACGAGCUGCAAUUCUCGUCGGCGCGGCUGCUCGAGCAAUGCCUGACGACGGAGAACCGCGCUCACGUCGUGGAGAACGGCCUCGAGAAGGUGGUGAACGUGGCGUGCGUGUGCACGAAGAACGCCAACUCGGUGGACCACGCGCGCGUCGGCACCGGCAUCCUCGAGCACCUGUUCAAGCACAGCGAGGGCACAUGUAGCGACGUGAUUCGGCUAGGUGGUCUAGACGCGGUGCUGUUCGAGUGCCGAAAGAACGACGUGGAGACGCUACGCCACUGUGCUGGCGCGCUCGCCAACCUGUCACUAUAUGGUGGCGCCGAGAAUCAAGAAGCGAUGAUCAAGCGCAAGGUGCCGAUGUGGCUGUUCCCGCUCGCCUUCCACAAUGACGACAACAUCAAGUACUACGCCUGUCUAGCGAUCGCCGUGCUGGUCGCCAACAAGGAGAUUGAAGCAGCGGUCCUCAAGUCUGGCACCCUUGACCUCGUGGAGCCAUUCAUCACGUCGCAUAAUCCGUACGAGUUCGCCAAGUCGAAUCUCGCGCACGCUCACGGUCAGAGCAAGAACUGGCUGGAGCGGCUGGUGCCGGUGUUGAGCUCAAAGCGCGAGGAGGCCCGCAACCUCGCGGCUUUCCACUUCUGCAUGGAAGCAGGCAUCAAGAAGCAGCAGGGCAACACCGAGAUCUUCCGCACGAUCGGCGCGAUCGAGCCAUUGAAGAAAGUCGCCAGCUGUCCGAACGCGAUCGCGUCCAAGUACGCGGCGCAGGCACUCAGGCUGAUCGGCGAAGAGAUCCCGCACAAGCUCAGCCAGCAGGUGCCCCUGUGGUCCACGGAGGACGUACGCGAGUGGGUGAAGCAGAUCGGCUUCGCCGAGGUAGCGUCGAACUUUGUCGAGAGCCGAGUGGACGGCGACCUGUUGCUGCAGCUGACCGAAGAGAACUUGCGCGAAGACAUUGGCUUGACGAACGGCAUCAUGCGACGGCGAUUCUCCCGCGAGCUGCAGAACCUGAAGAAGAUGGCUGACUAUAGCAGCCGCGAUACUGGCAAUCUCAAUAGUUUCCUGCAGUCGAUCGGCCAAGAAUUCUCCAUCUACACGUACAGCAUGCUGAAUGCCGGCGUGGACAAGGACUCGAUACGCAAUCUCUCAGAGGACCAGCUGCUGACCGAGUGCGGCAUCGCCAACAGCAUCCACCGGCUCAGGAUACUGGACGCCAUCAAGAAUAUGCAACACAACCAGUUCAGUUCGUGCGAGUACGAGUCGCCCGACAAGUCGCUCGACGUGUUCGUCAGCUACCGCAGAUCCAACGGCUCGCAGUUGGCGAGUCUGCUUAAGGUACACCUACAGCUGCGCGGUUUCUCGGUAUUCAUUGACGUCGAGCGACUCGAGGCCGGCAAAUUCGACAACAAUCUGCUGCAGAGUAUCAGACAGGCGAAACAUUUCCUCCUUGUGCUGACGCCCCAGGCUCUCGAGAGAUGCAUACAGGACGUCGAGUGCAAGGACUGGGUUCACAGGGAAAUCGUUGCUGCCUUACAAUCGCAAUGCAACAUAAUCCCGAUCAUCGACAAUUUCAUGUGGCCGGAGCCUGAGGAACUUCCCGAGGACAUGCGAACAGUCUGUCAUUUCAACGGUGUCCGCUGGAUUCACGACUAUCAAGACGCCUGCGUAGACAAAUUAGAAAGGUUUAUGCGAGGCGAGUUACCCAUGAGAUCUGAACUGUCUGGCGGAAUUCCGCGCAGCAUGGCGCCCAAGGACGUGGUCCAGCCUAACACACCGAGUAACACGAAUAUACGACAACAGCCCAGCUAUCAGCGGAUGCAUAGCAACGAAAGCAGGGGUAGCGACAAGGAUUCCACGGCCAAGAUUGCGAAUCGCGCUAUGACAAUCACGACUAGGCUUAGAAAGUCGUCAAGUCCGUCCCGUUGGUUGAUGGGCCUACCGCCCACGUCGCCGCGCUUUAAGUUCGUGCAUACACAUCCGGUGAAUGCCGGCAACAGCUCGGCAGUUCCACGCAGGCCGCCGCGGCAGCCUCCCUCACCAUCGACGCGCUCUCGCUCGUUGGAGCUGCUAGAUCAGCAGGUCCAGGAGCGCAAGUCGCCGUCGGUCACCUCCGCGAUUGUCCAACGACCACCGCUUCCCAGACCGAGGUCGCGUAGUCUGGACGGUUUGCUGGACGAGGACACGAAGAGUGGCGGCGGGGAACAGGAUAAAACGCAGAAUCGAGGAUGUUCCAUGACAAACUCGGAAGAGAAAACCGUUCUUGCUUUAAAAGCCAACCAGAAGCAGCCGGACAGCAAAGCUAUCGCGGCCAAGAACGAACCUAGGCCGAUGCCAAGGACGAAGCCGAGGAUGUCGGACAUUAUCGAAGCCAAAUCCGAGGCGGGAGACGUGCGGGUGUCUCUGGAUAAGGACGAGGAUAACAAGGAGGCGCCAACGCGUCCUCCAAAGCCCAGUCGGCAUUCCAGCUUGGAGGGGCAGUCUUCGACAAAUUCCAGCAAGCAAUGCGGGGGGGAUCAAGAGCGUCAAACGGACGAACAGGGAACCAGAGAGACGGCACAAAAGAGGCUGAUGAUGCAGGACGAGAACAACGAUUACGACGAUGACAAGUCGACGAUGAUGUUGAAAGCAUCGAGGAGCUGUGGUGCGGGAUUGGACUCCGACGGGAGCGCCUCGUCGAGCGAAUACGGGGGGCUCAGGGCACGGGCGAAGGGCCCGGGCUCGCUGCUGUCGCUGCCGACGGGCGCGGAACCCAAACGCAAGCGGAACUUCAUGGACAAGUGCGUGAAUAAGGUGCGGUCGUUCAUGAAGAAGUGAAGCGAGACUUCUUGUUUUAUUUAAUUUUGCGAGACAAACUCUCAUCGAAGUGUGAAGCGCGAUCGAGCUCGAACAACGACGAGGAACUUUAAAGGCUAUCCGAAUAAUAAUUAAAAAAAAAAAACAAGUAAAAAGACCGAAAGAUCUCAAGAUCCGGAAAGAUCUUUCAAACGUCUCCGGACAAGAUCUGGACGAAUAAGUUAGGGAACUAAGGCCCAGUUCCACAAUUUAUUUCAACCGCGGUCUAACUCCUUAAUGAAGAUUCAACGCUGCGUCCGAUGUCCAACGUAUAAUAUUCAAUAAGAAAGUUCAUUUUCUAGAGGUUCUAGACGUGACGCAGUGCGAAUUCUCCAUUAACGAGUUAAACUCCGGUCAAAGUAAGUCGUAGAGCUGGGCCUAAGGGAAGUGUGAUCGAGAAAAUCUUCCGAGCGCCUUUUUAAAUGACAUAUUCCUCAGAGUUGUUCUUACGUUGUUCGCGGAAGUUUCGAGGAUCGCCGACGGCGAUUCCUGAAUCUCGUGGCGCCGAGUAACUUCGCGACGCGACAGUGUAUCCUGAACUACGCGCGCAACUUUUUUGCGAUCCGCCUCGUGUACAAUGAUAGGCAGCAAAGUAUAUACCGAAAUGUUGCGCCUGAACGCGCGACAAAUGUCUUUGUUAGGAGUUCCGAGGAGUUCCCGACCUCGAAACGCGCGCGCGUUAUUACGCAAUUAGCCUGCUUUUACAGGUGCCUUUUUGUAAUGUAUUUUUUCUCGUUAAAUUGUAUACAAACAUAUAAAUAUAUUGUAUAUGUAGAGAAAUGAACGAACGAAUCGAGAACGUUUACUAGGAUGGCGGCUAGCUCCUUAUUUGUAAUAUUAUUUUUUUAGGCAGUUCUGUGUUUCUUCUCGCGUUUAAAGGUGCGCGUGACUUGGCGAAGUCGCGAAUCGUGGUUGUUCUUAUCGCAGCUAACACUGGAAGCAAGUUGUACACACGUGUAUUAGAUGUUCGAUAAUACGUGCCUUGGCUAAGAGGACGAUGUUCCUGCUGACAACUGCAAUCUUUGAAAUAAAAAAUAAAUUCAUUUUUUUUCAUUAAAAUAUAAAAUUAGAAUAUAAUAUAGAAUUAAGGAAUAACAUUCUAUUACUAGUUCACGCGAUCUUUUUCCAUAUUUCUAAUUAAACGUUUCUACGUGAACUACCUGCGCGCACAUUUCAAUAUUUUUAUUAAGAGAAAAUACAGUGUUCAUGUCCUCUAAGGAAUAUCGUCAGCACGUGCAGCACGACCAUUACCGGGCAUCCGGUCGUAGCCGUGAUCGUCUCUCGGGUUGCGCAUGGCAUUUUAUUAUUUAACACUGUUUCUCGUACCAAUCUGGCUGACACGCUCUCGCCGAGAGUCGAGACGGCGACGCUUCGAUAUUCGUAGCUUAAGAGAUCCGCCUGAUUAUCGCUGUAUAUUUUACCAAAGUUUCGUAAAAAGUUACGGAUUUUAUCGAGAUGUUUGAACGUUUCUCAGAAAUAAAUUUUAUUUAGCGAAA